AUGACUACAAACAUCGGUGCAACUCUUGGAAUGGCUGCAGGAUAUAAUGAAAACAGUUCUUCUCAAUUGGCUAUAGUUAAUUACAUGAUACCAUAUAUUCAUAUGGGUAUUGAUCAUUUAGAUAUUUCAUAUUCAUCUUCACCCUUAAUUAUUGCUGAUUUUGGUUCAUCUCAUGGACGAAAUUCAAUGGAAGCUAUGAAAAUCAUUAUUCAAUAUCUUCAACAAACAAAUAAACUCAUCACAUCACCACUUGUUGUUCAUAAUGAUCUUCCAACAAAUGAUUGGACAACACUUUUUCAACUUCUUGCCGAAGAUAAUUCAUAUCAAGGUAUGGCUAUUGGUCGUUCAUUCUAUAAACAAUGUCUUCCAUCAAAUAGUCUUUCAAUUGGAUUUUCAUCUGCAUCAAUGAAUUGGCUAUCAAAAGUACCUUGUACUAUCACCAAUCAUCGAUUUUAUACAUUUGCCAACGAGAAAGAACAUGAAGCAUUCAAACAUCAAUCAAAACUUGAUUUUGAUGCAUUUAUAGAGAAUCGUUCUCGAGAACUUGUACCUGGUGGCAUUCUUAUUCUUAGUAUUCCGAGUGCUGAUCAUCAAGGAACAGUAUCUGCUGCUCCUUACUGUGAUCAUGUUUAUACAUGUGCAAAAUUGUUAUUCAAUGAACAAGAGCUAUCGGACUUAACUAUCCCUGUAUACUGGCGUUCAUUAUCUGAAUGUGUCGAUCAUACAUUGUUCGAUCGAUGUUUAUUACAAUUGAUCAAAGCCGAAUUAUGUCAAAUGAAUUCGCCGUUUGUUGAACAGCUUCAAAAAGGACAAUUAACAUUUGAUGAAUUUAUUAAAAUGGUGAUCAAAACACUACAAUGUGUUUUAGAAGGCUCAGUUAGACAAGCAUUGGAAAUAAAUAGACGUUCGAAAGAAGAAAUUGACCAAUUAUUGAUAGAAUUUUGGUCUCUAUAUGAAGAAAAACUAAAAGAAAUAUCGCACUCAAUUGUUAAUGAUAAUUCAUUUGCAUGUGUAUGUUUAGUUUUGAAAAAAUUGAAAGUAGUUGAUAAAUAA